UCCGUGAUUCGCUUUUUAUUUUUGGAUGGAAAAACGUGCGAAGAAAUAAAAACGAAGUUGGAUGCCAUCUAUGAGAACCCUUCACCAUCUAUGACAACCGUCAGAUAUUGGUUCAACGAAUUCAAACGUGGUCGUUCGUCUGUUUUUGAUGAGGAGCGCCCAGGCCAUCCGGCAGACGUGGUUACUGAGGAAAUCGUUGAAAAAGUCCACGACAUGAUUCUCGCUGAUCGCCGAACGAAAGUGCGUGAAGUAGCAGAGGCCAUAGGAGUGUCGUAUGGAAUGCCAUUCAAUAUUUUGCAUGAUAAUUUGGGGAUGUCAGCCCGAUGGGUGCCGCGAUUGCUCCCGGUGGACAAUAAGAGGAAUUGGGAAAAUCUGCCGCAUCCACCGUACUCUCCGGAUUUGGCCCUCUGCGAUUUCUUCUUGUUUCCAAACUUGAAGUAG